CUGUGCUGUUUAACUGCGGCGAAGUAAUGUGCCUCCUCCUGGUGCUGUUACUCUAGCUACCACUGGGCCUGUCUGCUCAAGCGUCUUGCCUUUAAUGCGUCUCCAUCUUCAAUCUUCAGUACAUCAUCAUCAUCAUCAUCAUCAGCGGCAGAAUCCGUAACAGCAGAAUUGGCAGCAGUAGCAGUUGUGACGUGGUCAACCCGCGCGCGAGCCGUUCUUGUGUUCAGUGAGUUUCGCGACAGCUGCGCGGGUCAUAAAGAAGAACCCCGUCCGUACGCGCGACAAGAGUAACGCGCUGCGCCAGUCAGUCCCUGGUUAUCUUCUACCGUCGCCCGUUGUCGAUGCAGUCGCAGUUGUUCUUCCAGAAGACAACGGGCCGUUUUCGGCACUCGGCAUAAACGUAACACAACAGGCGGGCUAUGGGCAUACAGUGCGAACUCUCAGCUCGUUCAAACGGGAAAGAAAGAAAGAGCCACUUGAAGUACCACAGCAAUAUCUGCGAUAAUCUGUAUACGCGUGUAUCCAGUAAUAGACGUGCGCAUGUUACCCCGUUCAUUUAACGGCAUGUUGAGUAGUGCGACAAAUUGGUCAUGAUUGUAACCGUGCUUUUAGUGAACAACGUUGUUCUGUAGGCAAGAAGAAAGGAAAACAACAGUAAGAGUGGUUUUGUGCGCACAGCGGCAACAAUAACGAUAACAACAUUGUAAAUACACGCUGGACCGUCUCAAGACUUAGGUGUCACACUGUCCAUGUGUGUAAAUGUGUAAAAGAGUGCUCAAUGUGUUCAACGACGAUGGAGUUCCAGUCUCAAUUCUAUGAUUAUGGUGAGCAAGAAUUGCAUCCGGCCAUAGACGCGGACGGUGAAGAACCACAGAGUGAACUGUCGACGGCCAGACCAACGUGUUAUGAUUUUCAUCAUAUGCCCCCAUCCCCGCCAAGUGAACUAUCUGAUCCGGUGUCUUCCACAACCAGUAGCCCCCUCAAAAGGAAAAAAGGUCUUAGAUCAUUGAUCCAACCAGCUUCCGGACCACCAGUGGUCAAGAAGCGCCGUCUUGCAGCCAACGCUCGGGAACGCCGACGAAUGCAUGGACUCAACGUCGCUUUCGAUAAAUUGCGCGAGGUGGUACCUGGUCCAGGUAUCGGCGCUGAACGGAAGCUCUCUAAGUACGAGACCUUACAAAUGGCACAAAGCUACAUCAAUGCGUUGUCGGCCCUUCUCCGUUGAAAGCACUCUCACUUUUCCAUCAAAGUAGUCUGGCUAUUUUCAGUAGAUAGAAGCACGUACAUAUGCUGUUGCUACACUCGUCGAAGUUAUACAGCCGAACUUCAACCAUAAUGUUUCUUCAGGGAGCCCAGUACGUUUACAGAUGCCCACUUAUAAAUGUACGAUAAUCUGUACUCGCAAGUUUGCCAUAGAUGACACCACUGUGAUGAUACGAAAAUAACAAAGCCUUGUUGUAGGUACUCUAUUGCACAUACAUACCAAACUAUAGUGUUCAUAUGUUUGCCAUAUUUUCAGUAGGUACUAUUAUUCUCUACGCUCGAAAUUGUUUACAAAAUAAA